GCCGAAAUCGCAUCUUUGGUACAUCAUCAAUCCUCAUCCUCCAACCUCAUGCUUGUCCUCCAUGUGCGCCACGAGCUAGCCAACAAACAGCCAGGGGGGUGGGAAUGGGCGACAACGUAAGUCCAUUAACGAGGGUUCGCCAGGCAUGUGAUCCUUGCAGAAGAAAGAAGACCAAAUGUCCAGGCGAAAAGCCAGCGUGCUCAUUCUGCACCAGACUCAAUCAGAGAUGUUCCUAUGGGAGACCUGAAGAAUCUCUUCGCGUUCAAAAGGACCAUCGAACAGACAAACGACCAGUAAACCGCAACACCCUGCGUUGAUCCUCCAUGGGACUGACAAAUUCCCAAUAGGAUGUGAUUCGUUCACACGAUCGGGUCCGGCGAUUGGAAGCUCGCGUCGAUCAGAUCAUAGACGCCGUCAACAUCCUCGUUGACAGGCAGACCGACAAGCAACUCCCCAGCAGUGAUCAUCCGCUCGCAACAUCCAUCACCACCCCUCGAACUACAUCUCGAUCGCGGUCAAUCGACGGAGAUGAUACCAUUGAGCCGGGAUCCCGCUUCAACGCAGACGAUACCCCAUUGCCUCCAAGCAACGUGUUACAGUCCUUGGUUGAGCUCUACGCUGAGAGAGUAAAUCCUCAAACCGUAUCCUUGUUCAACCUCGAAACCCUACAGUAUCGCCUUGACAACUCCGGGCCUGUACUGAUCUGGAGUUUCCUGGCAAUGACUGUGAGAUAUACUGACGAUCCUUUUUAUACCGGAAUGCGACAACCUGCAGUCGAAUAUUAUGCGCGUACGGCUCGAGAUAUGUUAUUUGCUCAAAUUGCACAAUCCAAUGGUUCUCUGGAGGUAUUGCAGGCGUUGUGCUUGCUCUGUCUCUCUGACAUUGCCGAUUCCAAGAAGGUACAGGCUUGGUUAACAGUUGGUGUUGCGGUGCGGCUCGCCAUCUGUACAUAUUCAUCGUCUCUCACCACUUCAAGAAGCAAUGCGAGGAAAUCAGACGACUAUUCACGAUGCUUUUGGACCCUGUUCGUACUAGACAAGAUUUAUGGAACCAGUUUCCAAAGCUUGACAGCUGUGCCUGACGAAGGUAUCCUCCCCGAGAAACCUGUGUCGGUGAGAACUCCAAGCUCCAAUGCCAACAUGAGGCCGGAAGGCCCCAGAGGGGUCCAAGUGCAGGAGGCUGCAGAUGAAGGUAUCAGUUCAUAUUGCCUCAAUCUGAUAUCAACUUGGGGCCAGUUGAUGGCGUUCCUGAAAGAUAUCAAACAGGGUCAGAUCGAAGACGCCUGGACGCCGAACUCGGUUUAUCAAAAGAUCAAGUCAUUGAUGUUUCGCUUUGAAACGCUUCUCCCUGAAGUUCAUCGAUUUCAAAACGCAAAUUUACGGGAAAGGACACGAUCCGAAUGGUCGGCCGACUACGAAUAUUGGUCUGGUUGGAUCCUUGCUCAGAUGAUGUACCAUACCAUUCAUUGCACUCUCAACCAUCCUUUCAUCCAUCUUGCAGACGUACAUAGUCGGCAAAGACACCGAUCCCCGUCAUUUCUUCAACAUGCGACAGACCAAGCAAUCUUACACGCCGCCUGGAUCGUUCGGAUUCUCGAGCUGUUGAUGGAUCGGGACUUUACCAUCUUUGACCCUUUCAUUGGUCAUCUCGCCUCGAUGGGAGCAACGGUCCUCUUCUUCCUUCGAUUUUCACGUGAUCGAGCGCUGGCCUCUCGAGCAUCCAAGAACUUUGAGGUUUGUCGACAAUUUGUAGAUCGAAUGGCGGAUCUGCAUCCUCAUCUACAACAUACGAAGUUGAAACUCGAUAAACUCGCGCAAUCCACCAGCCAAGCGAUCCAACCCCCCAAAGUUGAAACAGCAUUGCUCUGGGAUCUGCUCGAUUAUGCCGCCUCAUCGUCACCCUCGGAGUAUAUAGCAGGCUCGUCUGGAGAUGUGGAGUUGAACGUCAACACGCAAUUUCUAUCUCCCAUACAGGACAAUAACACUCGACUUGUUGAUGAACCUGCCACCGCUCUACAAGACCCGCCAAGGCAAGAGACGGCAGAUAUGCCUGAUUUCUGGACUGAUCAGCCUUUCUCAUUUGACAUGGUCGAUUUUUCCAUGUUGCCAGAUGUCUCUACCUUGACAAUGCCCCAAGAGUAUUACAUGCACGGUAAUCUUUGAUUUUUGUGGCUAAUCUAGAAUGGCGACAUAUCGACUGAAAAUAAGGUACCUACAAAAGACAUCGAAUUAGGACCGAAAAUAUGUUGGUUUGCUAGAUACAUUCAACGACGAAACAAAUCGUUGCUUUGCCAAUCCUCUCCUUGCUAUUAUGCAAAGAAAGCCCAUACCAGCAAUAACGACCCUAUCGCCAUAGCGACUGGCAUUUCCCUGGACACAUCUAUGAAGGAUGCUUGAGAGGUAGCCAGGGCUGGACUGAUUGUCCACUUGGCAUAGUUUCCUGUGUCAUUAAAGCUCGACCCAUUCAAAGAACUGGUCGCCACCGAGGUGGUCAUAGUAGGCACAGUCGAGAUGUUCUCAGUUGAUAUUGAAGUCAAUUCAUUCGAUGUCGACAUAUCUGUCUGGACUGGCGCGGACGUCAACUUCGACACCGUGGAAUUUCCUCCAUCUUCUCCUGGGAUGGACGCAGGACUCGAUGCCCGAACCAAAGUGAAAGUCAUGACUGGAAUACUGGCGUCAGGGUCAGGGUCAGGCUUAGUGUCUAAUGUCGAUGCCGAUGUCGCUGUAUCUGUCGUCGCCGUCGCAAGCGCAACAGGGGUUUCGAGAACAAUUCCAUUCACCAUCCGUGGCGUCUUCAUAGCCCACCUAUCAAAGGGAGAUACAGCGAUAUGAGCACAUGCCGGAUCCACUCCGAUGAUGAACGUCCACAAAAGACCAAGUGCAAGUCCGAUGCCAAAACGUGGCCCUGACAUGUCGAUCGCCAACUGCAUGCGAGCACGGGCGCGAGUACGAGUACGAGAACGACCACCAGGCAGGAACUAGCGACCUAUGGUAUGGUUGGAUCUGAUCUGACGCGAUCUGGUUGUGACGUGAUUCGGUAAUUGACUCCAAGGAGGAGGACGUGCACACAGACUUUCUGCUUCUGCGCAAGAUACAAUGGGUAACUGUGUAUGUGCAUCUGUGGAUGCAUGCAUGCGGCAAGUUCGACGAAUGCAAAUGACAAACAAAGAACACGGUCAGAUGCUGGCGUUUUGUUGUCCGUCAUCCAAGUUAAUGCGACAUGCACCUGAUGCAAUUCCUUUGUUGUUGGCGAGUCAUCGGAAAAUGACUAUCGACAAAACGAGGCCAUCUUGACUGGAUAGGGGAGAUCAAACAAUAACUCAUCCUAAUCUGUUUAAUCCAGCAUAUCUUUACUUGAGAAACUCCAUCUGUGUAUGUCUAUGUCUAGGUAUCUAGCAAACCCAGCC